AUGGACAACAAUAUGGAAAUCGAUACCGCGCGGUCCCCCGAGCCCCACCGCCUGUCGCCGACGUCUGACCCUGGGUCGAUACCGACACUGGACGGAUGGAUUGAAAAUUUGAUGACCUGCAAGCAACUAGCGGAGGAAGACGUGCGGAGACUGUGUGAUCGGGCAAGAGAGGUGUUGCAGGAAGAAUCCAAUGUGCAACCAGUUAAAUGCCCAGUGACUGUGUGCGGUGAUAUACACGGCCAGUUUCACGACCUAAUGGAGCUCUUCCGCAUCGGAGGCCCGAAUCCAGACACAAACUAUCUGUUUAUGGGUGACUAUGUCGACCGUGGUUAUUACUCCGUAGAGACCGUCACCCUCCUUGUUUGCCUUAAAAUCCGUUACCCCCAGCGUAUCACCAUCCUCCGUGGAAACCACGAGUCCCGCCAGAUUACUCAAGUAUAUGGAUUUUACGACGAGUGCUUGCGUAAAUAUGGCAACGCCAACGUCUGGAAAUACUUCACUGAUCUUUUCGAUUACCUACCCCUCACCGCGCUCAUCGAAAACCAGAUCUUCUGCCUCCACGGCGGCCUGAGUCCGUCGAUCGACACGCUUGACAACAUUCGGUCCCUGGAUCGGAUCCAGGAGGUCCCCCACGAGGGACCGAUGUGUGACCUGCUGUGGAGUGACCCCGACGACCGAUGUGGAUGGGGAAUCUCGCCCCGUGGUGCUGGAUACACCUUCGGGCAGGAUAUUUCGGAAGCAUUUAAUCAUAACAACGGCUUGACUCUGGUUGCACGAGCACAUCAGCUUGUAAUGGAGGGAUAUAAUUGGUCGCAGGAUCGGAACGUGGUCACAAUUUUCUCCGCGCCGAAUUAUUGCUACCGCUGCGGUAACCAAGCCGCGAUUAUGGAGAUUGAUGAGCAUCUGAAGUAUACAUUCCUACAAUUCGAUCCCUGCCCCCGUGCAGGCGAGCCAAUGGUCUCGAGGCGCACGCCCGACUAUUUCCUGUGA